GCCGGGCCGAUAAGCAGACGACUCGAAGUAUACGACUUGUCGAAGCAUGGUUUGUUUGGAAAAAAUCGGACUUCGACGGAAGAAAUGUCCUUUCUUUGUAAUGCUGGCAACAAGAGUUCUGAUGUAACGUGGAAUGUAAACUUUGUGUGGAUAUAUUACGUACGUGUCUUCAGUGUGAACCUGGGCUGUGGAUCUACCGUGGGAAAGGCACCUCAUGCGUAAAUGUGAAGCAGAUAAGAUGACUGUUGGAAUUUUCGGUUCUGCUGGUUGGGAAACCCGCGGAUUAUCUGGGGGAUAGGCGUGCAGACAAUACAAGGAGUCGGCAGGCGACAGCAGGUUGAUGCUGGGGGUCACAGCACUUGAUAAGUAGUCGACGAAAAAAAUUAGAAGAAUCAUGGAUUACGUGCGGUUCUAGUGUGUGCUUUUGUGCAAGUCAUUAACUUGGACUCGGGAGAGCUUUACUUGCACAGAAUGACAGAUAUUCGUGAUCUGUUUGUUAUGAAAUUAUCAAUAUCGAAGUUUCACUGUGACGCAGUGACAGCCGGGUAGUGACAGUCAGCGUUUGGCACAGAAUCUACCGGUGUUUUAGCGCUCGUACGGAACUACCAACAUGGCUGGAAUAAUUACCAAGAGUACCAGUCUGAAUUCAUUCUGGUCAAUAUGCUACUGUUUCCUGGUGCUCGGAAUCCACGGUUACACCGCGUUCAGGUCCAUCUCCAGGUACCACGAGGCCGGGGCUCGAGCCUGGCCCGGGAGUGGGGGCAACGCCCCGGCGGAGGUUGCGGCCCACGUGGCGCUCAUCGUUCUGUCGUUCCUGUUCCUUCCCAUAUUCGUGUUGACGUCGUUCAUCCGAGUUGGAAACUACGCCAACGACGGUGUCAAGCUUGGACGGGAUCAUGCCUUGAACUCAAACAUGGAGGCGUUGUGCAAGAGGAUCAAAACGCCGUGCGUUAAACGCUUUUGGCAACAUCUCUGCCCCAUUGCCCAGACGUGUCACCUCAUUUCGGCGUUUUUGCUUCUGUUGCCAGAAACGUUCGUGUCGGCGGUGGAGGUGGAGUACGGCUAUAAAACUACAGAUGCCGCCUGGACAUCCGACCUUGACUUCAUGUUUUCUCCAGAGCGAGCUCACAUCAGUGACGUCAGAGCCAGCAUCAACUUCACCAAGUCCCACAACUCCACCUUACUUGUCGUGCCCACGCCCAUGCCGCCAGCUUGGGGCUGGACCAACAGAUACUCCCUAGGGAUCGCCUUCGUCAACUUCACUGCUGCACUGCUGGCUUUUACAGUAAGAUACGCGGCCGUGUUUUGGUACACGAACAAAGUGCUCAGCGCCAUCUUCGGUGUCCAGCUUUUCGCAUUGAGCGUCACGUCGUUGUUUGGCUACAGCGGCGUGUCCAUUUUGUACAGGAUCACGUACAACGCAGACUUCUACUACAACGUCACCCUCUCUUUGGCUUGUCGGACCAUUCUAGUGCUCUACAUAUUCGGUGGGAUCAUCAUGGUUCUAUCAACAAUAACUGUGUUUAAAUACGGAGCUCAUUACUUCGAAGAGAAGUUCAAGAUCGUUGAAAGAAAGCAUCACUCGGAAAGCUACAUCAAACAGACGAUCAUCGUUCACAGUGGCUGUAGCGGCUACGUGCCCCAUUCAUGUGCUGUGGGAGCGCUGGUUCUGAUGGCUGUGUGCAAGGGCCCGAUCCUCUACGACAUGGUCAGUGCGUACAGGGCGACCAAAGACCCGUUGAUUCUCUCGUCCGUCGUCAGUGAGGUGGUGUACAUGAUUAUGUGGAUAGCUCUGUGGUUCGGCUUGACUAUUAAACAGAAGUGGAAAUUUCGAAUUCUGGAUUAUGUUCCUCUGGGUCAGCCUGUCUUCAUGAUAAACACGAACUCUAAGGAGAACAUCAUGAAGAAUCCGUCGUUUGACAAUGACCGCCAGAGUGACUCGUCUUCCGAUCGGCCUCGUAGUCGGCAGCAAAUCGAAUCUCCUCCGGGAUACUUCGAGGCCCUCGCGAACAUUGACGGAAGCGACGAAAAUGAACGAACGCAUUCGGAUGAUAGUACGGAAGAAUUCGAUAACGCCAAUUCUGAUUCGCAACUGACUCUUCCCAAUGGAGGAGUAAUGCGAAAAUCUAAGCUCCGUAAAAAUGGCGGACAGAGGGUGACGUUUGAUGAAUCAGUGAGGAGGACAGUCUCGUCCGAGGAGGGGAGUCUAGGGCGGAGUCGGACACCCGUGGGUGGGAGACCCGCCCAGGACUCGAAACGCGUCAACGUGACGGUUGAUGUCCACAGUGGGGACGGCGAAAGGGUGAGGACUCCAACUCCUGUGCAGCACACAGACACAAGGGCUGAAAAGCCGCAAAACAACACGUCAGUGGCGAAUAACGACGCUGUGGUGCGCAGACAAAACAGCAGUAAAGACACUCUGAACAAGGAGUAUCGUAACAGUAUUAGAAACAAGUGUGGUGAAUAUUACGGCAACGUGAACGAUCUGUCGUCUUGUUCCGAUGAUGUCAGUUCCGGCAUUUCCUCGGAGCCGCUACCCACUCUUAUGUCCUCGUUUCGUGACAAAGUCCGCGAAUCGUCCCUGGCAGCUAACAGUUACAAAGAGCAGCGCAAGCUGUUCGGGAACAAUAACUCGUUUGAGAAAUCCAAAAUGAAACCUUCCAACCUGACUCAGACUCAGCUGGACGAUAACAGCUCCAAAAGGAGGGGGAUCGUGGAGGGAGAGAUAGGCGAGGUGUCGCUAAAAAUCAAUGACAUUCGUCUGGACGAUCUAGGUCCUCUGGGCACCAACUGCAAGAGACAUUCUUCUUGUAACAGCGACAGCACCAGCGGCGCCAGCAGCCUUCCUCUGUCCGCCGACUACACGACGUUGGCGAAUGACAGAAACCUCGUUAACGGUACGCCCUGUCAGGACAGUUCGCUGGACAGAUCCAGCUUGAGGUUUAACCCGAUGGAUAAAGGAGAGUACCUCUUCCCGCGCCCGUUGCAUCUGAACGUGGCGAAGAAGCCGGAGAUUCUAGGAAGGAGGGACUCUGCUAAUUACUCGCUGACGUCAUCACAAGACACGUCAUCGAACGACUCUGAACACGGGCAGGGCCUGUGCAGUCAAAACAAAGCCGCGGCACCGGAAGUUCAGAAGCAAUCUUAAUAUAGAGAUGACGUCGAAUCGUUAUGAACAUACGACAUACAGGAUUCAUCAUUUCUCAGUGUCCUGAUCUGAUAAUCAACUGUGGAUGGAUGGAUGGACGCGUGGACUCCUUCAGAGUUUAUCACAGACAAUAAACACUGUCUGCUUCAUCAAAUCUACUAUGGGCAGUUUUCGCUUCCAACAUACCAAGCUCAUUUUUUUAUUCUGGGUUUUAUCACAUACAUACCCAAAGAAAAUAUCUAUAACAGCAUGCCCUAACGAUAACAGAAUAAUUUAUAUUUCAUGUGUAUGGGUAGAACCACUUUUUUGCAUUGAGCGAUCGAACUAAUAUGAACAGUCAGUCUGUUUGUAAAUGUUCACAAAGAGCUAGGAAGAAAGUACCAAAAAUAACGUGAUAUUUGUUUCACAUAUUAGCUUUUUCUUUUAUCGCAGCUCAGUGACAAGUUUUUGUACAUUUUCAUAAUGACGUAGUUGAGCAGCCAUAAAUAUACUGUAUUGGAAGCAUUUAUUAGAUAUUUAUUAUUCUAAAUAAGCUGCUUGAUGCCACUUUUUGAUUAAAACAAUAAUUAGA